AGGCGAUAGGAAUAACACUCUAAGAUAUCACAAGCAGGAACCAGAACUUAUAUAAAUCGAUAGAAGAGGUAAAGCCCACCUAUUUUCCCUCGAGUUCUAUGUAAAUCAAUAAUGGCAAGUCGUUCCCUUUCUUCCAUUCACCAGUGCGGACUUGAUUACAUAAUAUACCUUCCGUUUGCACAUCUAAGCUUUUCUUUCGCAGCGACUUUCUUCCUCGCCUCGACAUCAUCGCCGUCCGCGCUGCCAAACAGCUUGGUUUACAACUAAGCACCUCCAACAUGGCGACCACGGACCCUGGUCUAGGAAUGCUCAUUCUGGAUAGUCGUGGCGACGUGAUCCUGAAGCUCGGCGCUGAAGGCGAGUGCCGCCUUCUCGUAUCCUCGAAUGCCCUUACGCUUGCGUCGCCAGUGUUCAGAGCCAUGUUCACUGGUGGAUUUGCAGAGAGCCAAGACUUGUCCUCCGCAUCGCCACGAGAGGUUCCCUUACCGGAUGACAACGAAGCCACCACGAUAUUGUUCUGCCGCAUUAUCCAUCAUAACCAUGCUAAAGUCCCGGCCGUCGUCGAUUUGGAACUCUUCGCCCAACUCACGGUUCUUUGUGAUAAGUAUCAGUGCGCUGCAGCAGUGCGACCUUGGGCUAUGCACUGGGUCACCGUGCUCUUGCCUAGAAUUGGUGAAGUGGGCUUUGAGAAGCUCUUGUUGGUCACACACGGCCUUGACCUUCCGGCACAAUUCACCAAAGUUACUGAGUUGCUGGUGAAAGAUCGC